AUGCAAACAUAAUAAUAAUAAUAAUAAUAUGUUUGAAUACAUUAGUAAUAAUAAUAAUAAUAACAACAUCAUACCAUUUUUAAUACGUUAUGGCAUAAUUUUAUCAUUAUUCACAUGGUUUUCAAUCAUUUUAUUUCGAUUUAUAAAAAAAUGGAUCGAUAAUGUAGAAAAAAUUAACAACAUACCUGGCAUACCGACAAUACCAUGGUUAUUUUUUCUUGGCAAUUUUAGUCUACUUGGUUGGAAUCAAUUUAAAAUCGAUACAUUGUUUGACAUUUAUCUGGAAUUUCUUGGUGCUGGUGUGAAAAUAUUCGACAAUACUUUUCGUUUAUGGUUAUCAUUGAAACCAUUGAUUGUUGUUCAUCGUGCCGAUUCUGCCGAAAAAAUUCUAUCCAGUAAUCAUACAUUUUUGGAUAAAGAUCAUCAUUAUCGUAUGAUGAAACCAUGGUUAAAUGAAGGUCUUUUAGUUAGUGGUGGUAAUAAAUGGCGUCAUCGACGAAAACUAUUGACACCAACAUUUCAUUUUAAUAUUCUGGAACAAUUUAUAACCGUCAUGAAUGAACAGGCACAAAUUCUUUCGAAUGUUAUUGAACAAAAACAACAACAUACUGAUGGUGAUGAAAAAUUUCUAAACAUUGUACCAUUGAUGACUAAUGCAACGUUGGAUGUUAUAUCGGAAACAGCAAUGGGUGUAAAAAUUCAAUCACAAUUGAAUAAAAAUCGUGAAUAUGUCGAUGCAGUAACCAGAGUUUCAACAGCCCUAAUGAAACGUAUCAUAUUUCCAUGGCUUCAAAUUGAUUUUAUAUUCUUCAAUUUUUUUGCUGAAGGUCGUAAAAAUCGUAAAGAUAUUGCCAUGGUACAUCAAUUAACAAUGAAAGUUAUACAGGAAAGAAAAAAAGCAAUGAUUGAUCGUAGAAUUGAAGCCAAUGAAAAUAAUGGUGUUGUUAUUAAUGGUGAUGAUGGCCAUCAUCGAAAUCGUCGUUUAGCAUUCAUGGAUCUAUUGAUUGAACAACAUUUAAAUGAUCCAGAUAAAUUUACUGAAUCGGAUAUUCGUGAAGAAGUGGAUACAUUCAUGUUUGAAGGUCAUGAUACGACGGCAAUGUCAUUGAUUUGGACAUUACAUUUGUUGGGAAAUUAUCCCGAUAUUCAGAAUCGUGUACACAAAGAAAUUGAUGAAAUUCGACAACAAUCUUUCGACGAUGAUGAUGAAAACAAUUCGAAUUGGACAUCCAAUCAAUUACGACAAAUGAAAUUUUUGGAAGCUUGUAUCAAAGAAUCAUUAAGAUUAUAUCCAUCCGUACCAUUCAUUUCACGGCAUACACAUGAAGAUACUGAAAUUGAACCUGGUUGUAUCAUACCGAAAGGUAUUCCGGUUAUAUUGCUUUUAUAUUUCAUACAAAGAGAUCCAAAAUAUUUUCAACAACCAGAACGUUAUAUACCGGAUCGUUUUGUUGAAGGUUCUGAACAUUAUUGUGGCCGUGUUAAUCCAUUUUCUUAUGUACCAUUUUCAGCUGGUCCACGUAAUUGUAUUGGACAGAAAUUUGCAUUGCAAGAAGAGAAAAUUAUGUUGGCCACAUUAUUAUCCAAAUAUCGUGUUGAAUCCGGUGAAAAUGUGGCCGAUGUUGCCAUAAAUGCAGCAUUAAUUUUACGACCAAAAUCAUCGGUUAAUAUUCGAUUCAUUCGAAGAGAUAAUAAUUUGAAACAAUUUAAAUGAUUUAAUUUAUAUACACAAUAUAAACAAACUAUUAUUUCCUUUUUUGAUUGAAAAAAAAAUUUAUUUACCUACUCAAUGUAUGGUCCCACAAGUCAUACCUGUAUACACAAUGUAAUACAUUCAUUCAUUCAAAAAAAAAAUCUUGAAAAACAAACACACAACCAAUAAUAAUUGAUAAUAAUGGAUAUAUUUCAAAGAUUUCUUUCCGGUCCAUGAAGAUAAAUUGUUCAACAAUCAACAAAGAAAUA